CGCGCACGCGCGCGCCCCGUCCCCAUAGCAACCCGCCGGGACGGGGCGGGGCCGCCCGCAUGUUGUAGGUCACGCACAUCCCCUCUGCUGCACCAAGAUGGCGGCCGGGCCGUCGGCCUCGUACCCAGCCUAGGCUUCGCUGCGGGCCGACUAGAGCAAAAGCUGGCAGGCUGACAAACAGGCAGCUUACAGGACGGACUCUCUGGCUACUGACCAUUUAGCUGUGGCAUACCCGGAUUGUGUGUGGGUGGGAAGUCGACAAUGAGCUCCGUGGCAGUUUUGACCCAGGAGAGCUUUGCUGAACACCGCAGCGGCCUGACCCAGCAGCAAGUGAAAGUUACAGCUUUAAACUCUGAAGAAGAGAAUGAUCCUCCAACCUACAAGGAAGCCUUCCCUCCACUCCCUGAGAAAGCACCAUGUUUGGAAGCUGCUCAGGAACCUGCUGGUCCCUGGAGCAAAAUUCGACCAAUAAAGGCUUCUGUCAUCACUCAGGUGUUUCAUGUGCCGCUGGAGGAGAGGAAGUACAAGGACAUGAAUCAGUUUGGAGAAGGCGAGCAGGCCAAGAUCUGCCUUGACAUCAUGCAGAAGACAGGAGCUCACCUGGAGCUGUCUCUGGCAAAGGACCAGGGCCUUUCCAUCAUGGUCUCUGGCAAGCUGGAAGCAGUCAUGAAGGCUCGGAAGGAAAUUGUUGCUCGACUGCAAACUCAGGCUUCAGCAACAGUUGCCAUCCCCAAGGAGCACCACCGUUUUGUCAUUGGAAAGAAUGGUGAGAAGCUGCAGGACCUGGAGCUCAAAACUGCAACCAAGAUCCAGAUCCCCCGCCCAGAUGACCCCAGCAACCAGAUCAAGAUCACUGGCACUAAGGAAGGGAUUGAAAAGGCCCGACACGAGAUCUUGCUUAUCUCUGCUGAGCAGGAUAAGCGUGCCGUGGAGCGGCUGGAUGUGGAGAAAGUGUACCAUCCCUUCAUUGCUGGCCCUUACAACAAGCUGGUGAGUGAGCUCAUGCAGGAGACGGGGACACGCAUCAACAUUCCUCCGCCCAGCGUUAACAAGACAGAGAUAGUCUUCACAGGGGAAAAGGAACAGCUGGCCCAGGCUGUGGCUCGUGUUAAGAAGAUCUAUGAGGAGAAGAAAAAGAAGACUACUACCAUCGCUGUGGAGGUGAAGAAGUCCCAGCACAAGUAUGUCAUCGGCCCCAAGGGUAAUUCCCUGCAGGAGAUCUUGGAGAAAACUGGAGUCUCUGUCGAGAUCCCACCCACUGACAGCAGCUCGGAGACGGUGAUACUGCGAGGCGAGCCUGAAAAGCUUGGGCAAGCAUUGACUGAAGUCUAUGCAAAGGCCAACAGUUUUACCGUCUCCUCGGUCUCAGCCCCCUCUUGGCUUCAUCGUUUCAUCAUUGGAAAGAAAGGACAAAACCUGGCCAAAAUAACUCAGCAGAUGCCAAAGGUUCACAUCGAAUUCACUGAAGGAGAAGACAAAAUCACUUUGGAAGGACCUACAGAAGAUGUGAAUGUGGCUCAGGAACAGAUUGAAGUCAUGGUUAAGGAUCUGAUCAACCGGAUGGAUUAUGCAGAAAUCAACGUUGACCACAAAUUCCACCGACACCUCAUUGGCAAGAACGGAGCUAACAUUAACAGGAUUAAGGACCUCUACAAGGUGUCUGUGCGCAUUCCCCCGGACAAUGAGAAGAGCAACCUGAUCAGAAUUGAAGGAGACCCACAGGGGGUCCAACAGGCCAAGAAAGAGCUGCUGGAACUCGCUUCCCGUAUGGAAAAUGAACGCACCAAGGACCUAAUCAUUGAGCAGAAAUUCCACCGGACCAUCAUUGGGCAGAAGGGCGAGCGGAUCCGGGAAAUCCGGGAGAAGUUCCCAGAGGUUAUCAUCAACUUCCCAGACCCUGCACACAAGAGUGACAUUGUCCAACUCAGAGGUCCCAAAAACGAAGUGGAGAAGUGCACCAAGUACAUGCAAAAGAUGGUGGCAGACCUGGUUGAAAACAGCUUUUCUAUUUCUGUUCCCAUCUUCAAACAAUUCCACAAGAACAUCAUAGGGAAAGGAGGUGCCAACAUCAAGAAGAUCCGUGAAGAAAGCAACACCAAAAUAGAUCUCCCAGCUGAGAACAGCAACUCAGAGACAAUUGUUAUCACGGGCAAAAGAGCAAACUGUGAGGCUGCUCGCCACAGAAUUUUGGCUAUCCAAAAGGAACUGGCCAACAUCACAGAGGUGGAGGUCUCUAUUCCUUCCAAACUCCACAAUUCCCUCAUUGGCGCCAAAGGCCGCUUCAUCCGUUCCAUCAUGGAGGAAUGUGGUGGAGUCCACAUCCACUUCCCCACAGAGGGCUCUGGCAGUGAUACUGUGACCAUCAGGGGCCCAGCCCAGGAUGUGGAGAAAGCCAAGAAACAGCUGUUACAUCUGGCAGAGGAGAAGCAAACAAAGAGUUAUACCGUGGACCUCCGUGCAAAGCCAGAGUACCACAAAUUCCUUAUUGGUAAGGGUGGUGGCAACAUCCGUAAGGUGCGAGACAACACGGGGGCCCGCAUCAUCUUCCCCACCUCUGAGGACAAAGAUCAGGAACUGAUCACUAUCAUGGGAACAGAAGAGGCUGUCAAAGAGGCACAGAAGGAGCUGGAGGCCCUCAUCAAGAACUUGGAUAAUGUGGUUGAAGACUCCAUGGUGGUUGACCCCAAGCACCACCGCCACUUUGUCAUCCGUCGAGGCCAAGUUCUCCGUGAGAUUGCAGAUGAAUAUGGUGGUGUGAUGGUCAGCUUCCCGCGCUCCGGCACCCAGAGCGAUAAGGUCACCCUCAAGGGAGCCAAGGACUGUGUGGAGGCAGCCAAGAAACGCAUCCAGGAGAUCAUCGAGGACCUGGAAGCUCAAGUGACAAUCGAAUGCACCAUUCCCCAAAAGUUCCACCGCUCCAUUAUGGGCCCCAAAGGGUCCCGGAUCCAGCAGAUCACCCGCGACUACGGCGUCCAGAUCAAAUUCCCUGACAGGGAGGAAAACCCAGCCCCUGUUGUGGAGCCAGCUGUGCAGGAGAAUGGUGAGGAAGGUGGGGAAGGCAAGGAAGGGAAGGACACGGAUCCCAGCUCUCCGAAGAAGUGCGAUAUCAUCAUCAUCUCUGGCCGCAGGGAGAAGUGUGAGGCAGCAAAGGAGGCACUGCAGGCUCUGGUUCCUGUCACCAUUGAGGUGGAAGUUCCCUUUGAUCUUCACCGUUACAUCAUAGGCCAGAAAGGAAGCGGGAUCCGCAAAAUGAUGGAUGAGUUUGAAGUGAACAUCCAGGUGCCUGCUCCUGAGCUGCAGUCAGAUAUCAUCACAAUCACUGGGCUGGCUACCAACCUGGACCGUGCCAAGGUCGGGCUCCUGGAAAGAGUGAAGGAGCUGCAAGCUGAACAGGAGGAUCGGGCCUUGCGGAGCUUCAAACUGACAGUCACUGUAGAUCCCAAGUACCACCCUAAAAUCAUUGGGCGGAAGGGAGCAGUGAUCACCCAGAUACGCACAGAGCAUGAGGUCAACAUCCAGUUCCCUGACAAGGAUGAUGAAAGCCAGGCCCAGGACCAGAUCACCAUUACUGGCUAUGAGAAGAACGCCGAGGCUGCCCGGGACGCCAUCAUGAAGAUCGUUGGGGAGCUGGAGCAGAUGGUGUCCGAGGAUGUGACUCUGGACCAUCGUGUUCACGCGCGCAUCAUUGGUGCGCGUGGAAAAGCCAUCCGCAAAAUCAUGGAUGAGUUCAAGGUGGAUAUUCGCUUUCCCCAGAGUGGGGCUCCUGACCCCAACUGUGUGACUGUGACAGGACUCCCUGAGAAUGUAGAAGAAGCUAUUGAUCACAUCCUGAACUUGGAGGAGGAAUAUCUUGCAGAUGUGGUGGACAACGAGGCAAUGCAGGUGUACAUGAAGCCCUCCUCACAUGAAGAGUCCAAGGCCCCCUCCAAGGGCUUUGUGGUGAGAGAUGCCCCCUGGGCCACUGUCAACAACGAGAAGGCCCCUGAUAUGAGCAGUUCUGAAGACUUCCCCAGCUUUGGGGCUCAAGUGGCCCCCAAGACUCUUCCCUGGGGACCCAAACGAUAAUGACCUGGAAGCAGAAACUCUCCAGCCCGCUGACCUGACACUAACCUGCCACAAAUACUCCUGUCUGAAAUCUGACCCAGCGGCUGGAGCACAAAUCAAUUGUCCCAAGAGGUCUCCUAAUGGUGUCUGGAGUGCUAGACCCCAUCCUGCUCCCCUCAGCUAUCACCGUGUCUAGGACCCACCCUCAUCUCUUGAUGGAUAUUCUUUCCUCCUUUGGAACAAGACUUCCACUCAGAUUCAAACACUAAAUGUGUGUGUUUUUGUUAGAAACUUCAUAAUUGACUCCAAGUGGCUAAGAUUUGCAGCUUCCCAAGCGCUAGCAGAGCAAUCUGCUCUCUUGAGCAUGUCUGACUAGGCAUUCUCGCCUUCAUUAGGAGACCUCCUUUACUGUGGCUAGGAAUCUACUUCCUGUCUCAUGACCUCAGGAAAUAAAUUUCCUUGACUUUCUAAAGCCAAAACGUUUGCCCUCUUUCCUUUGUGUUUAUCCCAGGCCUUACCUUACCUUUGUAGAGUGCAAUCAACUUUUUUUUCCUUUUAACUGCCAAAAAUUCAUUUAAUGCUGAUAGCUGACUGUGGGGAGAGAGCUUCAAAUAAUCUAUAAUGUCAGAAACCUGCUUUUUAAAGAAACAAAACCUUCAAUAGGCUGUAGAGACAACAGAGAUGGAAGGGGCCAGAACAACAUCUGGCUGCUCUGGUCAGGAAAACAGCCGUGAGCGCAGCGAGCGCGCGUCCCUGCGCCGCACCAGGCACAGCCCCAGCCUGCACACUCGACCAGUCUUCCAGUGCUUGAUGACAGACCCUGCUCCUUUUCCCCCUUCCCAGCAGUGUGAGCAGGCAGGAGAGCCAGCACACGAUGGGACAGGUUUGGCUCGGCCGAGGUGGCUGCAGGGACACGGCUCAGAGCAGCUGGUGGGACACAGCCUGGAGGAGCUGUGGCUCGCUGUUAGUGCUGUGGCAGUCACACUGUUCCUGUUGCCUUCUUUCUACCUCAAUCAGCAGUAUGAUGGGGGCCUCUCGAUGGUCGUGGGUUAGCAGCUGCUCUGCUGUCACCUGGGCAGCUGUAGCAGAAGCAUGGAGGAGAAGCAAGAGGAGCCUUGUGUCUCUGCACAGCUGUGGGAGCUGCUCCAGAGGGGAGCAGAGCAUGGUGGUGCUGAGGCAGGCUAUGAAUCCAUAGGACUGCAUGCUGAGUUAGCACAGGGCUGUGGCUGGAGCUGUGCCCUAGCCCUGGGCUGCAGAGGUUGUGUGAGCCAGGCUUCUGCUCCGACAGCAUUGGGGGUUGAUGUGUGUGCUGAGCCCUCCUGAGACCUCCAUCAUGUGGUAGAGGGUGAUCCAUGAUCUGUACUCGGGGCCUCUUGCACCUGGGCCCUGCCACAGCUUGCUCAAAGGGUGUUGUCUGAGCUCCUCCAGCAAGAGGAAAGCCAUGUCUUCAUGGAGGGAGGCAUGUAGCAUGGGCUUUUUGUGUGCCCCCACUUCCCUGCAUUGGUCCUACAGAGCUUGUAGUCUGAGCCAUUCCUCCUCUGUCCCAGCUGCUUCAGCUCUUGGCCAAGCAGCAGUCCCUAGCCUCUCUUGUCUAGUGCUGCUGACAGAGCACAACUGUGGCAGGCUGAGCCCAGCUGCCUUGCCUUCCCUCCUUGGGACAGGCUGAACAUGCCGAUGCUUUUCCUUCCUGCGCCAGCUCUUCUUGGCAGAGACUGCUAUGCACAAGUCAAACCAAAACCUCACAGCGCUCUCCUUUAGUGUGAGAACCAAGUGAAACUGCAUGGCCCGUUGUGGGGUGCCUGGUUGGCCCUGGAGGACAGGGUGGCCUUGCCUCCAGCACGGGAGAAGGGGAACUAGGGUGGUACCUUCCCGUCUGCGUCUGUCAGGAAAUGGUUAAUACCCUGUAGCUUAGGUCUGCCCUGCAUCACCAAGCCUAUCACCCCCUCCUCCUCUUUAUUCCCCCGUGCCCUCACCAGUUGCACAGCGAGGCUUGAGUUACAUCCAGGGCACCCACUGCCUUGGGCUCAUGCCCCACAGCCCAACCUUCCACUCUAAAGAAGGUCAUGAAGUGAUUGUACCUAGUACUGUCCCCAGCACCCUCCUUCCGCAGCAGACUGUGGCAUGUGUCCAUUUCUUCUCUUUGACGUCUUCCAUAUUGUACGUUUCCAUAGCAAUGAUCCCUUGGCCUUAACUUUGGAAUUUGGAGACUAUAUGCAAACAUGUAAAAAGGCUCAUGAGUAUGGAUGACACUGGAAUUUUAUAAAUUCUAAAAUAAAACCUGAAACAGC